GGACAAAUUCACCUACUAAUGUAAAUAUAUAUGCAAGAUGUGCUAAUUUGCCUAUAAAUUAAUCACUCCCUGAUGACCUCAACUCGACUCCACCAAAUUCAGUUGUAGUAUGCUUUUGGGUUUAGAGAAAGACUGAGAGAAAGACCAGGAAAUCGAGAGAACAGAGCGCGCGAAAUGGCCGGGGGAGGCUUCGCCGUUGUCGGUCCGGUCACCGGCAUCAACAACGGAAAGAUAACGCUGUCAGUGGUGAUCACCUGCAUCGUCGCUGCAUCUUGCGGUCUCAUAUUUGGCUACGACAUCGGAAUUUCAGGAGGUGUGACCACAAUGCCACCGUUCCUUCGAAAAUUCUUUCCAUCCAUACUGAGGAAGGAAUCAGGGACCAAACCAAACAUUUACUGCGUGUAUGAUAGUCAGCUUUUAACAUUAUUCACUUCCUCUCUCUACUUAGCCGGUUUGGCUGCAUCGCUUGUAGCGGGCCGUCUCACCAAGAUUCUAGGCCGGAGGAACAUCAUGCUCUUGGGUGGUUCUACUUUCCUCGUUGGGGCUGCUUUAAACGGUGGAGCUGUUAAUAUUGCCAUGCUGAUCUUGGGUCGUAUCUUGCUCGGGUUUGGAGUUGGUUUCACUAACCAAUCUGCUCCCAUCUACCUCUCCGAAGUCGCGCCUCCAAAAUGGCGCGGAGCCUUCAAUACUGGCUUCCAGUUCUUCAUCGGAAUUGGCGUCCUGGCCGCCAACUGCAUAAACUACGCCACCUCCAAGCACAAACACGGCUGGCGUAUCUCCCUUGGCCUCGCCAUAGUCCCGGCUGCCAUAAUGACCUUUGGUGCUAUCUUCAUUUCGGACUCCCCCUCGAGCCUAGUCGAACGCAACAAGCUCGAGCAAGCCAAGAAAGCUCUAAUCCACAUACGAGGCAAAGACACAGACAUCGAACCAGAGCUGGCGCUUCUCAUUAAAAAUAGUGAAAUUGCCAAAGCUAUCAAUGAGGAGCCAUUUAGGAUUAUAUUUCAGAGGCAGUACAGGCCUCAACUUGUGAUCGGAAUGAUUGCCAUUCCGUUUUUUCAGCAGGUGACUGGGAUCAACAUCAUUGCUUUUUACGCGCCUGUGCUGUUUCAAUCAGUCGGUUUUGGAAACGAUUCCGCUCUAAUUGCAGCCAUCAUACUCGGAAUGGUUAAUAUUGUUUCGAUUCUUGUGUCUUCUUAUGCGGUUGAUCGGUAUGGGAGGAGGAUUUUGUUUCUGCAAGGUGGUAUCCAAAUGUUCAUUACUCAGGUUGGGGUGGCUAUUGUUCUAGCACUUACAACAGGUACUGACGGCACCAAGCAUAUUACAAAGGGCUAUGCCAUACUAGUCCUAGUGUUGAUGUGUUUCUAUGCUGCCGGUUUUGGUUGGUCAUGGGGUCCUUUGAGUUGGCUCGUACCAAGUGAGAUAUACCCCCUGAAGAUUCGACCCAUAGGCCAGAGCAUGGGGGUUGGUAUGAACUUUGCAACCACAUUUGUGUUGUCCCAAACCUUCUUGUCAAUGUUGUGCCAUUUCAAAUAUGGGACAUUCCUGUUCUAUGGAGGUUGGAUAUUUGCCAUGACCAUUUUUGUUGCACUGUUCUUGCCGGAGACUAAAGGGUUACCACUGGACAUGGUGCAUACAGUGUGGGAGAAGCACUGGUAUUGGCGUCGGUUUGUUCAGAGUAAACCCGAGGACACUAUUAAUCAUGAAUAUUAGUACUGCUUUCUAGAUCCAAAAUGAUGCCUUAAUGUACGUUUCACUAGUUCCACUGCAUUUGUCACCUCAUUUGGCGACUGAAUUUGGUGACUUUAGAAGUACGGCAACCUAGCUAUCAGAUUUACAUUCUCAAGUAGUUGUACAUUGAUCACUACAAUUAUAAGCGUACAUGUGUGAUGUAUUUUCCAAGCUAGGUCACUAUUGAACAAGGUUUUCGUGGAUUAUUCAUUGAGUUUUCAAUUACAAUUUAAAACUGAAAGCAAACUUUCACUCAUUAGAUAACAUUAGAGUUACAUCAUCUAAGGUUGCUAAAGCAUGCCAACUCGAAAAAAUAGCUUGCGUACACAAUUUUCCGUGAAAUUUAUCCAAAGCAUACUGAAUUUUUUUUUUCUUUGGUUUGUUUACUAUAGCAUGCAGAAAUUAAGCAAGAAUGACAAGAAAACAGUCAUGCCUCAUCUAUUUGGGCUUUGCUCAAGGCGACCUUGUGUGCAAUUCAACUUGUGACGCAAAGCCGAAAGCAAGAUCCGAUUGCCAGAGAUCACUAUUGAAGUUGUGUUGCUGCUACAGGCGAUAUCCCCGCUAUGUAAGAUCAAAUAUGGACAUAACACAUAUCAUCAUAAAGUAACUGAUGAUUAGCUUAAUAUCAAUCCUAGUUUAACAUGGAUACAAACAGUGAAUCGAUACUAGUGACUUAAUGAAGUAGUGUAUCAAUUCAUUAAGGAUAGUAAUCCAUUGCUUAGUCUACAAGAAAGGCUACAAGUUGUGAUACAUUAGGAAUCUAACAGUGAAACCUAAACCGACAAGGAAUGCUUUAAUGGGAAGCUUCUUGAGGUUUAAGUCUCAUAUAUAUACAGAUGAAUUGGUCCCUGAUUACUACAACGACUAUUGCAUAAGUUCUGUCCAUUGAGAAGCAAGUUGGUAAGUAACAGAAGACCAUAUUCAGUGAUCGUGUUUAGCAGCUGCAUAAGAUGGAAUCCAUGCCAGUGAUUGCUGAAGGGUGUUCUACCUGUUCUUUGAGUCUUGCACCAAUAAGAAGGACCCUGUUGUGACAUGGCUGACUGGAGGCCCAGGUUACAGUAGUGAAUUGGCUGUGUUCUAUGAAAAUGGUCCUUUCACGAUUGUGAAUAACUUGUCUCUUGUAUGGAAUGAGUAUGGUUGGGAUAAGGCAUCUAAUCUGUUGUAUGUUGACCAGCCUAUUGGUACGGGAUUCAGUUAUAGUUCUGACAGACGUGAUAUUUGCCACUCUGAAAUUUAACAGAUGGUGUUGGUAACGACCUCUAUGACUUCUUACAGGUGUGUCAUUUAGCAAACUGAUUCUAAGACUUGUGGUUAUUUCGUCAUGCGUUAUAUGAAAGAAAUUGUGGAGGACAAGAACUUGGAGUUUGCUACCAAGUGGGAAAGGAAAUCAAAUCUUGCUUACACACAGAAGGAUAUUGAUGUGGUUCUAGCUGAAUGGGCAAAUCAUGUUAUGAAGUUCUAACUUUGGUUCUGUUUAAGGUAGAUGAGUAGCACCAGGAACUGCUUUUGUGCAUUUAUAUAUAACUGAUGGAAAGUGUUGAUGAACCUAAAUUAUGCAUGCAGUUGCUUUGCCUAGCUACUCUUUCUUUACCUUAUAGGUUUUUGACUUAGUGCAAUAUUAGGUAAAUGAUCGAGAUCGAUGAGAUGGUUUUUUGGUUCUCUUGAUCAUUAUGUAACUGUUGGCUAGGUUUAGAGUUGGAACUAUGGAUUGUAUUUUGGAUGAUGUUGAUGCAAUUAAUGAAACGUAGCCAUCAUUUUCAAUGCA